CCUCUCACCGCAACGUGCUUACGAUUGGCGACCACCAUGACUCCCAGCUCUGAUACGUGCUCCGCGAGCCUCAGUGUCCGCGAUCAUGAAACCCAUGGUAUCACAUCCGAGAGCCCCUCGGAAUCAGCUGCAUCAACAUCUGUUUGCUCUCUAUGUCGAGCAGAUGGCUCCAGGGAUCUAAAACAGGGUGAAAGUAAGACUUCAGACCGUUCUGGUGUUUUCACCUUGAGGUUCAGCAUUUUCUCGUCUGUAUUGAGCUACGUUAUAAAGAUUUGUGGUGGUUAUACGCCUUACGUAAAACAAGCCGAAAGGGAUAUUGAUAAAGUCGCUGACUUAGUGGAAGCGGGAGCAAGCCUGGUGGUGAAAGUGGCAGAGGAUAUAGAAGCGAUGGCUCAUGUUGCCGAGAUUUCAGCUCAAGAUGCUGAAAAGUUGGCAUUGAAGGUCGAGUCGAAAACCAAGCUGGUGAAGCAAACAUUAGAUGCCAUCGCGGAUGUGCUUGAGGGUGACAGGAAAUUAUCUACCGUGCUCUCUGGAUAUGCCACUCUGAAGAGACAGAGUGCUCUUCCAGCACCACCUCCUGCAUAACCCUCAACGCUCCAAACUUUGCAAGUCUGCGCAGUCUUCUGUGGCAGAAUCUUUUGCUCUGUAGAGCUUUACGUCAAAAAAAAUGCGCCUUACUGGGCACAUGCAUAAUUGUAAAAUAACAUGCACUGUUGAUUAAAAUUUAAAUGUCCCAGUGCAGAAAGUCACACUUAAUUGAUAUCUCAUUGUUUCUCUAUGAUAGAGCAUUGAAUAUAACACACGAUGCUUUUGCGUAAACGCUUU